AUGCCACUCGGCAGGUUACCUGCAUGGCAAAGAAGAAGGGCGUGCGCAUGAUUGUGACGCUCGAGUGCACCGAGGCGCGGGGCGAGGGUGCCACUCCAUCGCGCUACACCACGCAGAAGAACAAGAAGAACACGCCGGAGCGGAUGGAGCUGAAGAAGUACAACAAGUACCUGCGGCGCUACACCCUGCACAAGGAAAUCAAGUAAUAAUUCGUCCGUACUCGCUCAUGUACGUGCUUCCCGCCACUCCCCUGCUCACUUCUGCCCUCAACAAGCCCAACCACCAAGCUGGACCCCCCGUACUCCGUCCGCCUUGUUCAUCGCUUGAACGG